AUUUUUGAAUACACAUGUUGAAGCAGAUUUAGGCAAAUCAAAUAAUACGCGUUCAAGGCCCAUUACUGCAUACGUUAAAUGUUUUUUGUUUGAAAUGUUAAUAAGUUUAUUGGAUAAAUUGCGCAAACGGCGACAUUUUGAUGAGGAGACUCUGUCAGCUGAAGGAUCGCAAAAGCGACGGCCCAAUAUAAUUGGAAAUGAUAAAAUGGACGAUUGCACUUCUCCUGUUGAAUGUACAGAUGAUUAUUUUCUACAGCUGCAAAACAAUAGCACAGAACACAGCGAACAUUUUAAUGCAAAUGAACGAUUUGUUUCCAUACUAGAUCAAUUGGACGCGCAAGUUGAGAAAUUUCGUAAGGAUGCGUUGAAUCUGCAGGAGACAAAAGACCACCUGUUGAUGACCUUGGAUCUCAUAAAAAGUAACGAAAAUCUACAAAACAUAAGUGACGCUGAACGCGAGGAAAUUCUAUGCUACAUAGAACGCGUCAACAAUCGCCUUGGCACGGUAGAGCUGAACGUACGUACAGUACGUGACAACUCUCAGGAGGAUUCGCUUAGCCAGAUUAAUGCACUGAUAGAUGCUAUGAUUAAGAUGGAAGAUCCGGACAUAGCGCGUCAGCGAUGUCAGCUAUUUUUGAACGCUUGCUGCAGUAGUUCCAUGGAUACUCAUAUGGAUACGCUGCCUGAUGCCGAUAUGGGUCCAGUUGACAAAAAAUUUGAGAGCGUGCUGUUGGGCUGUACGCUGGAUGAUCAGAAAAAUAUAAAAAAGCGAUUGAAAGCGCUCAUGGGCUAUUUACAUAAACAAACAAACUGUCGGCAGUAAGUUGAAUACGAAAUAGUUCUGGGGCGAAAUUGUUCCCCAAAUACACAAAAAUUGGAAUCUUUAGGCAUCAUUUUAAAUUGUAGAUACUAGGAAAUAAAAAGUACAAAAAUUCUUCAACAAUUA